AUGGUUCAUACAUCUCCCGUAACUCCCAGAGCUCCUGAAGAAAAAGUAGGACCCCAUCUAAAAUCUAUUGCGGUACAACGUAACGGUAUCUAUGCUAAACUUUUGAAAAAGUUGAACACGAUCAAUGAUGAAUAUGAAACACAUUUCAAAAUCUUUGAAAAGGAAUUACCAAUCGCCGCAAAAAAGGAUAAUUUACCAAUACCAAAAUCUUUUCCGGCAUGGAAUGAUGCAUAUGUAGAAGAUGUACAUAAAGUAAAAACAAUCGCUAAAAGAUUGCACAAAAGAAUCGAAACUGCAAUUGAAAAAGCAAAAUAUUAUCACCCUUAA